CUCAAUCCUGUUAGGAAAUUGUCAUCGUCAAACUUAAUAAGAAAAGUGAGAUCGAACUUCUUAUGUACAAAGACUAAACAAGAUAUCAUCACGCUUAAGAUCAUAUAGCAUAGGGUCUAAACAUGCGUAGUGCAUAUUCGACAACCAAAGUGCUCUUUCUCUUUCUCUUGGUUUUGGUGGAGGCUUCGUCAUGGGGUCUAUCGUUGGAGAAAGAAUAUCCUUCUUUAAAUGUCACUCGUCUUAAGAUAGCUAUGUUGAAGGAACGUUAUUAUCGGGUGACUGGAUUAAGGCACGGCCCGAUGAGGGAUCCCAAAUUUCGAGUCAAAUCGAAUAAACUCGCUCCUAGAGACGCGAAUGUGGAUAUAAGGUGGGACAUGACAAAUGAAAGUGAUGGUAGUUACUCGGCUAAUGUCACAAUCUCCAACUACGUGGUGGAUCACGAAUUGGAACAGCCAUGGAAAUUAGCGUGGAUAUGGGUAAAAAAGGAAACAUUAUUUGGAACUUUGGGUUCUGAAGGCACACAACACGGCUUUGUUUCUUUCAGUGAGGACGGUGAUGCCGGCACGUACACGUACUGCUUGAACAACGUGACGUUGGACUUACCGCGACAAACUGAUCAUAACUGCAUAGGCGGUACUGUGAUUCUUCCGCGGUCAAUAAAAGCUGAAAUUGCGAAAGGCUCAACUUCAUUUCAGAUUUCUAUUAGCCAUUAUAAUAGAGGAUAUCGUGCACAGCCCCCUUUUGAUGUAACUUUGAGCACACGAGGAUUUGAAUACGAACUUGAAUAUGAUUCAAUGGAGCAAGUAAUUGAUACUCAUCUGAAUACCUGGAGUACGACGUGCAUUCUCUCCAUCUCCAAGACCAAAAAGUUCCACGAGAUUCAUAAUAACAAUGAUGAACUGUGAAGUUGUGGGUGUUUUUCUUAUUUUAGAUCAGAAAUAAUGUGUUUUUUUUUGUGUGUGUGGAGUUUUCACCUCACCAUGCAACUAUGGUAAUUAAUUGAUAUCAUACAAGAGUCUUAUA